GCCAAACCCGGCCGGUUUAUCCUCGUGGUUGAACAAUCAUGAUUCACUGAAUGAAUACAUUGUUUGUCCUCAGAAAUUUAUUUCCCAUAAAGCGAUUUUGUGCCAUAAAUCUCGCCCGACGACAUAUUUUUCCGAGAGAGGUUGCCAGAACAAUCGUUUGCUUUCCUAAGUCACACUUACCAAGCAUCAAAAACCAUAGUUUCAAGUCAAUAUUUUCUGUUGGUGGAAAAGCAACAAUGUCUGAUUGUGGCGCCGAAAAUUCAAGCAUUUUGGAUAAUCUACGGAAAUCUGUAAAAGAACAGGUAUGUAACAUUCUUUAAAUUUUGGGGGGCUGAAAUAUUACGUGUUCAGGUGUUUAUUUUACCUUGUAUCAAGUAUUACACAUGUAAACAGCCGUACUGAUGUAGACGAAAGAGCAGCUGGUACGCUACGUUCCAUAAGCUUACUCCCACAUUCCGAAUUUCCAGCGGAAGUGGAAUUUUGUAAUUACAGAAACCAUAGGGUGUGCAAGUAUUGUUUCCUUUAUAUUAUCUCUUAUUAUGUUUAUUUUUGCUGAUUACCAGGCCUGUGUGUCAAUUGCAUCACCCUCUAGCACAGGCAACCCAAGCUUCUCCCAGUAACCACUAAGCUUAGGCUGCCUGUACCCAGAACUCAACCCAAGAUGGAAAGAUUUAACCUUCCCAAUGGUCCCAAUGGUGACCAACAUUAGGGACUGGUCAAAAAGUAUAGCGGGGGGUGGGCCGGAGCAGAGAGGGGGUGGGUCAUGAGGUUUUGAGCGUUGCGCAAGGGGUGGGUCGUGCAAUUUUCAGCUACCCUUAGGGGGUGGGUCACCCUAUUUUUUACUAACUACUAACGAGACAGUUGACUACACUUGUUAUAUAAAACACAGCCAACUGGAAUUAUUGCUAAAAUACUCACAAACCUGUUGUGCGAGAAAAUACAAAGGUUGACAGGCCGCACAUCUAUACGGGCGUGGAACCCUCUGUGAACCGUUUUUCUUCUUUUUUGUAAGGAAAUGAUUGGUGGUUCUUUAAAAAUUUAUUGAAGUUAUAGUUGGUUUUGUGUAAGAUUCCAUUUUUUCAUUCAAGCUUCCUUUAUAGUAGACACUGAGAGCUGGUAUUGUGUCACGAAUGGCAAUAUUUCUUUUUCCUCCUUGUUGUUUUGUUUUAGGAGUUGAGACUCCCUUUUGUGAAUUUUAUUUCUGAUAGUAGGUUUUCAAUCAAAGAUAGGGGGCACCCAACGAGAAUAUACUUCUAAACCAAUUUAAACAUUAGAUAUAGGCAUAUUUUUAUCCCCUAAAAAUUUUCCAUCUGUUUGGAUCUCCUAGCUGAAAGUCUAGUGAUACGAAAAUUAUAGGGAUCAAAAAAUUGGCAAUUAUACCGUUUUUUUAGAUGUUCGAAAAUCCUUGGAGGGGCAGACAAACAAGAAGUUUUACAACAAAAUAAUGUUCCGACAAUUCUAGAUCUCAAAUCGUCUUUCAAACAGUUAUUUUCCGAAAAUUGACGUUGGGUGCCCCUGAAAGAUUGUGGGUAGCCUCCGUCCAUCAAGCGUUUUUUUUUUUUAAAUUUGAAUUAUUUUCCUCAAAGGUUGUUUCUGAGGAGUUUUUUCGUAGGAUUCUUAAGGCUUCUCCUUUGACAAAUUCUUUUUUUAACAUUUGGAGGGUGACACGAGGUGAAAUGUGUGUGCAAGAAGCUUUCCGUUUGUUUAAAAUGUGUCUUUGCAUCAAGGAUAGAUUUUUCCUUGAAUCUUGUGCCUUUGUAUAUAUCCGUGUCUAAAGACGCAGUCUCAGUGUCGAAUGUUUCGGCCGUGAAUUCAUUAGUUGGGUGAUGUAAGCUUGCUUGUUCAAUGAAGGCUUCGAUGUCUGGUUUACUCAUGUCCCAUAGGGAAAAGAUAUCGUGUAUGUGGCAUUUUCAAACUGUUGUUCUAAAGAUAGUUUUGCUUAGAGUUGUUGUUUCAAUAUAUGUCAUGAAAACAUUGGCAAAGGAAUCAAAACUGCUGUCUUUGUGCCCAUUGCAGUUCCAUGGUUUUGCAGGUAGUGCUUUCCACUGAAGUGGAAGAAAUUUUCUUUGAGGAUUAAUCUAAGCAUUUCGGGCAAGUAAUGUGUAGGAAUGGGUUGUCUUUGUUGAAAUUGUGAUUUUGUGAUUGUGAACUGUGAUUUUGAUAUUGGUUGUAGCAGUGUAUCAACAAAUUUUGUGAAGCACAGAACAAGAGGAAACCGAACAUCCAUAUUUUAACUAGGGGGUGGGUCAUGCAAUUUCCAACCUUGCUUUAGGGGUGGGUCAGUCAUUUUUGUGCCGAAGGGAGGGGGUGGGUCAUGUGUUUUUUAUCAACCACAUUUCCAAAUGCUCCGCCCACCCCCCUAUACUUUUUGACCAGUCCCUUAAGUGCAACAGCUUUAUUGCCACUCGGCCAUGAAAACCCACAUACUUAUCAUAGUUAUACUGUAAUAGACCCGUUGAAGCUGGGGUUCAUGUGGCCCUCCAAGUUAGCAUACAAACCUAAAAAUACUAGAGGAAAAAAGGGUCUCCCGAAUCUUCUGUACCAUUUAAAAUGUACUGCCUUUGCUUGUAGGGAAGUAUCAAGAACAGUGGGGAAAAUAUGCACAUUUAUGUAUUAAUGGAUUUAAGAUGAAACCUGUCACAUGACUGUAUGUAUUGCAGUGGUGUCCAAUUUUUUCUUCAAAGAAACUGGCAAAAACUUAGAAAAGGAUUUUUUACCUUUUUCAUAAGGACAAAAGAAAAUCAAACCUUUGCUUUUUACAUAAGUGGUACCAAUGCAUCUAGUUAAAAGGAAUGUGUGAGACAAAUAAUAUUAUUUUCAAGGAGGUUUGAGUUAACAGGGUUUUUUUUCUAAUUUUCUUAUAGGGUGAUUUGGUCCGAAAGCUAAAAGACGAAAAUGCUCCAGCAAAUGACCUUGAAGUUGCUGUAAAAGAGCUCAAAGUCAGGAAAAAGGCUCUUGAGACCAAGGUAACAAGCUAAUUUUCAGUUAAACCUGUGACAGGUAUCCUUCUUCCCUUGUUCUUUGAGAGAUUUGCCAUUUGCUUAAAAAAAAGAACACCUGAUCGCAGGUUAGUUUUCAGUCAAUUAUUAUUUUAAUGCAAUGGAAUCUUUCACCUUUUUUAUGAAGAUACCAACCUGUUUGAGGAGUUGAUAACAAAACGCACCUGCCUUUUAAAUUUUAUUUUACAGGAAAAAGAGCUAGCCCCAAAACAGGAGAAGUUUGACAGAGCUAAAUUAGAGGACUUGUUGAAAAGGCGGUUCUUUUUUGUUCCUUCUUUCGAAAUCUAUGGAGGUAGGCAAGUACAUACCUGCCAACCCCCAGAGAUCUAAAAUCUGGAGACUCUCUAUUUUGCAUUACACCCCCCGAAUGUCAACAGCACCAACACCCCCACUCCCCCCCACUGCACCAACAAAUUGCCUUAGGACAUUAUAUGACAUCUUACAUGACGUACAUGGGAUCAAAAUGUGCUUUCAUCAUUGUAAUGACGAACUAAUCUUUGUCAUUGACUAAACAUGUGCAAAAAUGUCCCAGAAACUGUACAAUGAAUUAAAAAAGUUCGAAGUUUGUGAAAAAAUGGACUAAAUUUCAAACUAAGCACAGAAAUGCUCAAAAGUCCAUUUUAUUCAGGAGCUUUGGUGCUCUAACCGGGAGAUCGGGAGAUUUGAUGAAAAACUUGGAGACUCCCGGGAAAACCGGGAGAGUUGGCAGGUAUGCAAGUACUAGGUGCUUAUUUGUAUUCAUCUGUAUCCUUAUUUCAAACAGUGAUUUUGCUAUGCUACUAUUUUUAAUUGCUCUCUUUUUUGCUUUUUUCCAGGUGUAGCUGGUCUGUAUGAUUAUGGCCCAUCUGGCUGUGCCAUGGAGGCAAACAUGAUAAACAUUUGGAAGUCACACUUUGUUCUAGAAGAACAGAUGUUGGAAAUAAGAGCAUCUCUACUUACACCUCAUCAAGUUCUUAAGUAAGUUAUAUUUACAGAUAGUACAGAGAGACUACUCAGUUAAGUUAUAUCCUCUUGGAGAACUGCAGUGCUGUUAUCCAUAUGGGAUCAAAUCACUGCCUACUCUUUUAACCCUUUAAGCCUUAAGGUCAAAAUUAAAAUUCUCAUUUGUCACGCCUAUUCAUUUACUAUAGAAGUAGUGGGGAGAAGUUGAUAAAAUAUCAAGCAAAUACAUCUUGCGUGAUCUUGUCCUCAAAUUCUCUUGACCACUCUAUUUUACAAAACAUUGCUAUUACAAGGAGAAAUUUGAUGCUGAUCACUCUUAGGGCUUAAAGUGUUAAACCAUACAAAAAAUAUAUUAUUUAUAAGAUGAUGACAUGAGGAGUUGUCUUGUCCGUCAAGGGCUCACAAUAAUCCUUAACUCUCUCAUUGCCCAGUUUACUGACCAGCUUUAUUUACGUCUGAUAAUCUAGUUGUUAUGAUCAAAUUUCCUCAUUUUCUCUGGUUGCAGAGCUUCAGGUCAUGUAGAUAGGUUUGCUGAUUUUAUGGUGAAAGAUGUCAAGACUGGUGACUGCUUUAGAGCUGAUCAUCUUCUAGAAGGUGUUUUGUUUUUAUUUUAUUAUUUAAUUCACAUUGAACUUUUAAUUAAAAAAGGAAACAGAGUAAAAAACACCUUAAUCUGGCCAAGGACACAACUGCUAAAGUUAACCCCUAGAUGUUCAGAUGGCUAUUGCCCAUUUUGUAAUUAAACUGGGUUGUUUUGACAUGAAAGCCCUUCUUUAAAAGUUGUACCUCAAAUUUAGAAAUAAAAAGCAAGGAAAUUUAAGCCUUUGAAAGUUGUAUUUUGAGCUGGAAAAUGUUUGCAAUAUUAAUUACCUAGUCAGACACUACUGCAUGACCCACAGUGAGCCUACAGAAUUAUACUAUUACAUACAUACUUUAUUGUUACCUCACCAAAGGGGCUUUUCAGGAAGAAUGAUUUUAUUACAUUAAUUAUUUGUAAUAACUAUUACUAAUUACAACACUUAGGGAGUUAGUGGGCAAAAAAGCCCGUAAGCAACGAAAGUAAGACAGCAGGCUUUACAAAAUACAUGUACAUGCAAAAAGAAGAACACUAAGGGCUAGUUAUUUAAACAGAGUCAAGCCUGUGUUUAACAAAACCACCUUCUCAGCCAUUCUCAGUUUGCCCAACACUUUUAUCUAAACAACAUUGUAUGCUCUAUUGAAAUUAAUUGUUGAAAAUAAAUUUUCAAUAGAGCAUAGACUGGAAAAGCACUAAUUUUCUUAAAUUAACGUUCUAAGAGAUCUAGAGGUCCACUGAUUUCUUAAACCAUGGCCUAAGUUAGACUUUGUUUAAAUAAAUGCCCCUAAAAGUUCAAUGUUGCAUUCGUUUUCUUUAAGGUCAUCUUGAAAAGUUGUUGGCUGAUAAGAAGCUGGAUGCUGAAAAGAGAAAGGAAUAUGAAAGUGUUAUUGGUCAGGUAAAGAUAGAAAUGAAUAAUUUAAAAUAAUGGUGAAAUAAAAUUAAUAUUAACUUGUUUGUUCAGGACUGGGAGAAAUGUCGUUUGCCAUGUUUAUUUUAAAAUUGGUGUUGCAAACUUAUUGUUUCAAGAACUCACACUGUGUCUUUUUAUAAUCAAUGUCAUUACAUACUAUGUUGCUUUUUAGAUUGACAACUAUGGAAUGAAAGAACUUGGCGACCUUAUCUCUAAAUAUGAUGCCAAGGCACCUGUGACUGGAAAUGACCUUUCCGACCCUGUGGAGUUUAAUUUGAUGUUUACAACUUCAAUUGGUCCCAGUGGGCUCAUUCCUGGGUAAGUUACAUUAUCUGUUCUUAAUUUUAUUUAUUUAUGGGUGAAGAGGUCAUUCCUGGGUGAGUGGAAUCAUCUUGAAGUGACUUCCAUAAUUAGUUUUUGUCCUUCUGCAAGAAAGGACAUCCUUAAAUUAGCAGGUUAGUCCUGUGUAUGGGUGCUUGUCCAUGAGUUUACAGGGUUACUUAUAGGUAAUCAGACUUGUCUGCGGGUAAGCUGUAAGUGGGUUCAUUACUGAGUGAGUGGGCUUGUCCCUGGGUUUGUUCUGGGUAAGAUUGCUGGUCCCUGGUUGAAUAGGGUCACCCAUGGGUAGAUGGGUUCAUUCCCAGGUAAGUGGGCCCAUCCUUGUGUAAACUGAUUCUACCCUCUGCAAGUGGUUCUAGCCCUACUAAUCAGGCUCCUUCUAUAGGGUAUGUGAGGUCAAUUCUGUGUUGAUGCAUAAAGGGGGCUUGCUCAAACUUUAGCCCCUUCUCUCUCUAGACAACCCUUGGAUACAAAGAUGGGGCUUUUUUUGUUGACAUACAUGGAUCUUUGUGUUUCUCUGAUUUUCUUCACCACUAGCCUCCUAAAGACAAAAAAACUUAAUACAAACUUAAUAUGAAGGAGAAAAAAUUUUCAAACAAAUAGCAAGUACAGUGCCUUUGUGCUACCAGUAGAAACAGCAGUUACUCUUUCCUCUGCAUCAACCAAAAAAAAAUCAUAGGUCAAAUAAUGAUAUGAUGUAUUCUACCAUCAUAAUUACCAGUAGAAACAGCAGUUACUCUUUCCUCUGCAUCAACCAAAAAAAAUAUCAUAGGUCAAAUAAUAUGAUGUAUGCCACCAUCAUAAUUUUUUUAAAAUGUUGUCUUUCUUGUGUAGCUAUCUCAGACCAGAAACAGCACAAGGAAUCUUUGUAAAUUUCAAGCGUCUUUUGGAUGCCAAUAAUGGAAGACUACCAUUUGCUGCAGCUCAGAUUGGACCUGCCUUCAGGAAUGAAAUUUCACCUCGAUCAGGUCUUCUAAGAGUGAGGUAAACUAAGAUGCAGUCAACUCUUUCUUAAUGGACCUUUCAUCAAACAGGCAUCUCAAUCCACAAAUGAACAACUUCUUUAGAGGAGCACCAAGGUAGACACCACCUAAUGUCCAAUUAAUGGAAAUCUCAUCCAUAAAAUGCCACAGUUCCUACUGUGUAAUUAUUAGAGAGGGUUGAUUAUAAUAAUCAUUUUAACUAUUACUUACAAUUUUAGUAGAUCUUAUUACUGACAAGAAACUGUAUAGUUCUAACAGCAACAUCUUGUCAUUCCAUAGUCGUUGCAACUCAAUGCACAUGAUAUUUCCAGGAAGUCUUUUCAAAUUUAUGAUGUUAUUCGUCUUAUGAUAACAUAUGCUUAUUCCCACUUUUUUUUAUUCAGAGAAUUCACUUUGGCUGAAAUAGAACAUUUUGUUGAUCCAACUGACAAGAGUCAUCCUAAAUUUGAAAAUGUGAGCUCCCAGAAGGUAACUCUGUACCCUUCAGAGAACCAGAUAGAAGGGAAACCACCCCUGAACAUUUCACUUGAGGAUGCAGUCAACCAGGUCAGUGGUCUUCUCUUCCUUAGACGUUUCUGUGAGAUCUUGACAUUAGGUUCCGGUCCACACUCCUUUUUUACGAUCCUAGCCCUUUAUCAAAUGUUUCAUUCUAGUCCACCAUGUGACAGUUGUCAGUUCUUUCACUACCAAUUUCUUGUUUCAUUUUGAAUUAAAAUAUUUUGGUUAGUUCAAACACUUUAUCAGAAACCUUACUUAAAAGAAUUUUCUUUCCAGAAAGACCUUAUGCAUAGAAGAAAAACAAAUGCGAAGGAUUCUUUCUCAGUUCUGCAGAUUAAAGUUGUAAGAACUAGAAUUGAUUGAUUAAAGUUGAAAUUGAAUGAAGAUUGAUAUUGAAUACCAGGUAAUUCAAAUUAGAUUACAUACUUGAGCUGUACUAACUUCAUUUGAAUGUUCUGGUCCUUGUCAUGGCCUUAUUACCUUAUUAACAGGAAAGUUAAGCACAAUAGAAAUUAUCAGGUCUUUCAAGGUUACCCACAGUGGUAUUUACUAUAGCUUCUUAAGUAAUGCACAAUGGAAUGCACCUUGUCUUCUUGUGUUUUGUUCUGUCAUGUAUUAAACUCUAUUAACUUAACCCUUUAAGUCAUAAUAAUAACCAACGGCAAUUUUCUCCUAAUGAUAUCCGUACAUAGUCAAGGGAUUAGGUCAUGACAAGUAGUAAAAUGACCACCAAAGAGAAAAUGCUUUGAUCUUUUAUCAAAUUCUCUCAACUUAUUCUUUGAGGAAAUGUAUGAGGAUCAGUUUGGAGAAUUUGUAUGUGGAUAUUGGGCUUAAAGGGUUAAUAGAGGCCCUGUUAGGGUAAAAUUCCAACAAGUAUGAUAGCCUUGAAACAGCGACAUAAGACAAGAUGAAAUGAUGACAAACGAUAUAAAGAUGGGUUAAAUACCGCCAUGUACAUGGCCUUCUCCUCAAAACGUGAAACGACCGCAUUUGAACUUUAGACUAGGGACCUGGAGGGCCUCUUGUUAGCCAUUUGGCUCUCAAACUCUUAACCAUUGCUUCAAUUUGUUUACUCUCUGACGACAGAAAAUCGUUAGUACCCAGACCAUGGGUUACUUUCUUGGCCGAGUGUACCUGUUCUUGUUAAAAGUUGGAGCUGACCCAAAGAAGAUUCGCUUUAGACAGCACAUGUUUAAUGAGAUGGCACAUUAUGCCUGCGACUGUUGGGAUGCAGAACUUCUUACCUCCUAUGUGAGUGUUAAUUUUGUUGUUGUUGUUUUUUUUUUGUUAACACUUUGCGCGUGUGAUCUUGUAAUUGCAUACGCAGCCAGCAUUCUGAAAGCGAUAACUUUUCGCAAAUAAUUCGAGAAGACCAUAAACCCACGUAAUUGCCCUUUGUGCCUGCGACUCGUCCAUAAAAGGAUAUCGCAAGUUGUGGGUAUAUUUAAAUGCUUCUUGCUGCAAAAAAAAAAAACGUUUAGAAAAGGAAAAGAAAGUUAAAGGAUUCUUUGGAAUUCUGUUUUAUCAUUAGAAUGCUUUUUAUCAACUUCAGAAAUCCUCGGUCUUUGGUGCAUUUGGCACAAAAGUUCUUAUUGGGAGAACUUUACGUAAUGCUACACAAUCCCUAACACAUCGCAUAUAGUCCAUGGCAAUCCAACACGUGCCCUUUUAUUGUGGGUGUCUUUAGUGUGCUUAGUCUUUUCGGUUUUUCGUAUGCUUCUUUUCGUGCCCCACCCCUCUGCCUGCAGCGUUGAAUUAGUUGACAACCAGGCACUUGCUGUUCUCACCUUCUUACCGACUUGGGCUGACUCCUCCAUAUCUUAUUAGUAGUACAGACAUUGUUUGCAAAAGGCACCAGUGAGAAUAAAUUACCAUAUUUACGUCCCCUCACGGAGAUAAGACCAGCCAUUUUAUGUGGUCAUCCACCGUUUGCAGAGCAAAGGCAUUACUUUCUUGCCCAGUUGCCUGAAGACCCAGAGUACUGGUCCAGCCAUGCAACCUGCCACUUUGAAGACCAGCGUCCCAUAAACUGAACUUACCCUUUCGUGGUUGCCAUGGUGAUGGAUAAAAAAUGAUUGCCUGUAUGUUUGUCUUUAUUACAGGGUUGGAUCGAAUGUGUAGGAUGUGCCGACAGAGCCUGUUAUGAUCUCUCAGUUCACACAAAAGCAGCCGGUGAACGUUUGGUCGCUCAAGUUGAUCUUCCUCAACCUGUAUCCUUCUAACCGUUUAGGUUGUAGACUGUUUCCAUUUUAAACCAAGGUUUUCUUGCUCUUUAAUGGUUGCAAUCCCCCAGUAAAACCAUGGACCCAUCACGUUGAGGCUGGUUUUACUAACCUGCGGAACAAGCGUUUCCGUGCGGUUUCGGAGCAAGGAACGGGAUUUUCGAUUUUGGCCGCGUGAAAACUUGAACGAGACACAAAGACCGCGCGAAAAAUGGGGCGAGUUAAAGAGCUCUUGUUCCAAUUUUCGCACGGCCAGAACCUUUCUUUCAUCUUAAGGCCGGUUCCACAGUUUUUCCGGUUUCACGGUGUUUCCGGUUUCACGGUGUUUCCGGUUCCACGGUGUUUCCGGUUUCACGGUGUUUCCGUACCAUGUGACUGUUAAGCUACAAAGCGCCUUUCUCUUUGCCUCCCUGUUCUCAUCCGCAAUUGCUGUAAAUCGUUCUUUUUUUCUGAUUGACUGUUCUUGUUUUGGCGCGAAAGAUAAGUCAGUUUAUAAACAACCUUCAAUCUAUCGUAUCAUAUCUAAAGGAUGGACGCUGAGGUCUGCCGAUGGUCUUCUGACUCAAUGCAAGCUUUGCAGAGCAUAUAAAAGGGUUUUAUAAUUAUGCGUUUGUAUUAGCCUUGAAUCAUAACUUUAAGGAAAUGGUGGACGUGGUAGAGAUCGUCCCUGAAAAGCCUACCAUUGGAAAAGCUUUCAAGAAAGAAGGAAAAAUUGUUAUGGACUAUCUGGCGCAGAGGGACAAGGAUAGCGUGAAAGAAUUUGAAGACAAACUUAAUGAAAAUGGGUGAGAGUAACUGAAUAAAAAGUUACCAUUCUCUAGACUUGAGAAUCUGACACAUUUGGGUACCGAAAGAGAAUUCAGAUUAGGAAAUGUGGGCGAUAUUUCUCUCUCUUUCUCUUUUGUGGUUUGCAGUUCGUUGCAAGUUUUUUUUUUUUAUUUCUCCGAGAACUUUUUCUCGCGGCGCCAUAGUGAGAAAUCCGUGCGAGCAAGGUACGCGCGCCAUGCAUGUUACCCGCUUGAGUAGCCAAUCAGAACACAGGAUUUGCUUAUCUUGUCCGCUUGCGGAACCAGCCAUUUAACAAUAAGCAAUAGAGAGGUUUUCGGUUAAAAGUCCUCAAACUUAAAUCCAAGAUUAUUAUAUCGGCCAAUUGAAAUAAACUUAAAUGCGGAGAUCACCAAUAAUUUAAAGCAAAACAUGUAUCUUGCACUGAAAAAACGUGUUGGAGCGAAUGAUAAUUAGUUUUAGGUUUUGUUCAAGUUACCGCUGAUUAAUAGAGAAACUGACGCGAGAUUGUUUAGCUUAUCGCAGGGCGUGGUGGAAAAAAAUCAAACAAUCAAGAAAUUGUUUUUUGGCAUAACGAAAAACCAUUCUAUAUUACUGUGGUUUAUGUCAUGUUUUCUUACUCAGAGAGGCAACCAUAACUGUAGACUCAAAAGAAUUCAUCAUUCAAAAGUCAAUGAUCAGGGAAAUCAAACGAUACCAAAAGGAAGUCCAUGGUAAGUGAUGGAUAACGGAAUAACGUCCUAAGUUUUAAUUAACCAUUAUUCCUCGAGCCCAAAUGGGCUCUGAGUCAAUAGCUCUUGAGGCUGACGGCCAAAUGGGCUACUGACUCAGAGGCCAUGAGGGCGAGAGGAAUAAUAGUUUUAGUAAAAUCCAACUAGUGCAUAUUAUGAAAACUUCUCUUUUGUCUUUAGACGUCCGGUGUAUAUUUGCGAAAAAAAAGUACCUUACCAAUUUUAUAGCCUAAAUUUCUAGGAGUAGUCUGAUUUUUUUCAAUUGUGAUCUCUUAGUCUGACUGUUCGUCAUUGCUAGAUCAUGUCUGUAAUCGAGUUGUAUAGUGGCUAACGAUAUGAAUAGAUGACCAACAGAAAAGGUUGCAAAAAAGUAAUAAAACGAUCGGCUGAGAGAAAAUGCUUUGAUCUUUUAUCAAAUUCUCUCAACUAAUUUUUUAAGGAAAUGCAUGGAAUUCAGUCUGGAGAAUUUUUAUGUGGAGGAAAUUUUUAUCAGCAAUGUUAUUGAGUUAUGUAUCCUUGUAUUUUCUUCAGUCCGUGACGUGGAACCUCACGUGAUAGAGCCUUCUUUUGGAGUGGGGAGAAUCAUGUACUCUGUCCUUGAACAUAACUUUCAAAUCAGAGAAGGAGACGAACAAAGAACGGUAUUGUUCUUUCUUUGCUUCUUACCCUCUCACAAUCUAGACCUUGUGUAUAUCUAUAGCCAGUGACACACGAUUUAACUUUUUUGAUCAACAAUAGUUGCAGCUCUUGUUGAACGGUGUAUCAUCCCAUGCUGAAUGUUACUAGCCUGAGUGGGAAGAGGAAGGGGGAAUCUGAGCGUGCGAGUGCGCGAGGGGCGCGCAAGGAUGGGAAAAAUAGUCCCCAUCCCUUCGUCUUUUAACGCGUACCACGCAGGCCAGGAUGUUACGAACGCCAUUCAACAUGUUGAAAGUUGCUGAACGACGAUAGAAAUAGGCUACUAUUUCAUGUAACGAGUUGCAACGACGCCUAGCCUACGACAGCCAGUCUUUAAAAAAAAUGGGUUUGUUUAUACAACUUUAAAAAGCUGCAACAUCUUUUGCUGUGUUAAACUAUCCUUGUUUCACUGGUUGCAACACAAGCAUUAGCAAGGGCAACAUACCCAGUCACAGUAAGCAGCGUGUGAGAAUGAAGAAGGGGUAUCUUGGAUAGAAGGUGUAAGAAUAGGCUGGGGUGGGGUGAGGUGGAGGGCUGAACGGACACUCAAGUAACCCCUCCCCCCCGUCCCCUGGACAGGCCAGAGACUAUCAAUCCGCAUCAUUUUUUUUUUCGGGGGAAGGGGGGGAGGAUUGGGGGUAACUUCUUAACAAGAAGCAAAUUAUAUUUAAGCAGUUUGAACAUGAAUUAUUGAGGGGAAGUAACUGAUUAAAAGGUUUUGUUUGUCUUGUUUAGUGGCUGUCUUUGCCGCCUGCAGUCGCUCCAGUCAAAUGUUCUGUUCUUCCACUCAGCAAAAACAAGGAAUUUGUUCAAUUUGUCAAGAAACUGUGUAAGUAAUCCCGUCUUUCGUUUCAAAUUUGAUUUAGUAAAUCUAGAUGCAUUUCCAGUAAUAUGAAGAUUCUUAAGGUUUGAGUCUACUUUUGCGGGAAAUGAUCAUCGCGCAAGUGCUAAGUCCAAGUAAUAGCUCUUAGUCUUGAGUUGUCUUUUAGGGCUUUGAUUGAGGAGUGGAGUACUGGGGAUUAGAACCCAUGCUCCCCUCCUCAGACCCCUCCUAAUUUUACUUUUCGGGUGGAGAGAAGCGACAACCGGAAAUACGUCUGCGUUCGAAGGCUACUAAAAAAAACCCAUCUUCAUUUCUAUUCUUUGUUCAUAUGAAGUUGUUGUCCGAAGGGGAUAACAGGAUUUUUUUAUUGCCAAUAAAGUUUUUAAGUUACCCCUUUUCAAUUCGAAGAAAGAGAAAUUUCAUGCGUUUUUUAAAGGUUUUCUCGUAGUUGUGUUUCACAGUUUUGCAUGGUAAACUGUUUGUUCAAGAAAUUAAAUUUUGUGAAUUCUUUGCGUCGUGGUCUUAGCUCUCAUUUCAAUUUUCUGUCUCCUUUCUCCUUUUUUUCUUCCCCAUUUCUUCAACACAGCAACCUCUCUAACAGAGCUAGAUAUUUCCCACAAAGUGGACGAUUCAAGUGGAUCGAUCGGCCGCCGUUACGCGCGUACGGAUGAGAUUGCCAUUCCAUUUGGCAUCACAGUGGACUUUGAUACUGUAAACAAAGAGCCACACAGUGCCACUCUACGAGAAAGAAACUCUACUCGUCAAAUACGCGCCGAGGUAAACGAUUAUUGCUUAGUUUCAAACCAACAAAGGCUGGGUACGAGUCGGGUUAUUAUGGGAUAAACAACACGAGACCCAUGUAGUCAGAAAGAGCACAUUUGAGGUUAGCAAUAUUCUCAAGUCUGGUAUUUAUCAGGCUUAUAUUGAACGAGAUACAGCCAUUCAAAAACUACAAAAUUUAUUAAGAAAUGUAUAGACGUCCGGACGGUGUGUCCUCUAAUCCAUACAUCUUUUAUUGAUUUUCAAGUUUUUAAAUAGCUGUUAAAUUUUGGCCCGAAUGCGAUUGAUACCAAAUUUAAAAAUUUUCCUAAUCUCAAUGGGCUCUUACUUACUAUGUGGGUCUCGUGUUAUUAUCCCAUAAUAAGCCGACUCGUACCCAGCCCUCCUUGGAUCGAAACUAGGCAAUUAACUUACAUUGUCUUGGCAAUACACAACUGUUUAACAUUUUUCGCUCGGGAAAGUUCAACCAUAAUCAAUGCCAGGGAUUUGAAAGCAGUGGGUAGCAGCUUUCGCUGAUUCAAAGUCUACCGUCUGACCGUUUUUCUGCGUUUUGCUUUGUUUUUUGUUGUUGUUUUUUGUUGUUGUUGUUGUUUACAAACGUCUGCUGACGCCGUUUCUUUCGCUUCAAAAUCUCAGGUGUAACUAACUUGAGUAUUUUGUUUCGUUGCGGAAACUUAUAAUAACAAUAAUAAUAAGCAAAAGGAAUUGUAUUUUGUUUUUGUUUAGAUUGAGGAGCUUCCGUCUAUAGUCAACAGCCUUGUCCGCGGCAAAGUCACGUGGCCGGAAGUAGAGGCCAAAUAUGGUCUUUUCGAAGGACAGGAGACUGGUGCUAAGUAGGCUGGUCAAAUAUAACUGCAAUGAAACAAUAUCGUAGCUACUUAGCUACUUAACAAAUGAACUGUCACAACCCAAGCUGAGGAGAAAAAGUAUCAUUUAGGUAAAAAAAAAUUCAAGAAACUGAAAAACGAGCACAGUAAGAAUAAAUUGUAAGGACAGUUGCUUAGCAACUGCAAUGACGCACACAUUUUUCUUGCCUAGGGCCAAAACUGAUGAAGAGGAAAAGGAUCGGAUUUUUGCCAUUCUCGCAUAAAAACCGCCGGAAUGUAGCCUUCGUAGCUGGGACACGGCUGGAUUAGAGUGCGCAAGUGCCCCACCCCACCUUUCUGGCGGCCAAUUCUUCUUGCUGCUUUACAGCCAAAUUCAUUCCAAGGAUGCUUGUGUGGUCGUUGUUUUGUCAACAGUCACAGAUACUUACGCUGACUUCACCUGUUGAUAUUAAUGUGUUAACCAGAAGUGCAUUGGUUCUUACCACAAAAGAUUCUUUGUUUCAUUCGAUUCAAAUUCGAAUACCAAAAACAAUGUUUGUAAACAGUCUCCUCUACCACCAGCUACGGAGGCUGCCGGAAAUUCUAAUACUCGAUUGGUUUUCUUCCUUAGAAUUCGCUUUUAAGUCUGUACCUUUUUUUAACAGUAUGGCAAGAAUUCCUGUGAUAGUGCCC